AUGGCGCCUCCUUCCAAGUUCCAAGUGCGAGAAUACAGCGACCACAAAACUCCGAAGCCCGCGUCACCCAGUGCCAGUGUGAUACUGAUAUCGCCCUCGAACGAGGUAUUGCUGCUUCACCGCGUACAGACGUCUUCGGCGUUUCCCUCAGCGCACGUCUUCCCCGGCGGGAAUCUGGAGCCUGCAGACGGCGAGGUGGCGUCCACCCCAACAGACAUCCAGCGGCAUCUGGACAGCAUCGCAUACCGCACGGGGGCGGUUCGGGAGUUGUUCGAAGAGACGGGGAUUCUGCUGGCGCGCGCGUCGCAGGAUGCCCAGGCCUUGUUGCCUGUGGCGCGAGACCAGCGCAAGAGCGGGCGCGAGGCCGUCCACGGCGCCCAGAUCUCCUUCGCUGCGUGGCUCCAGUCCAUCUCGCCGCACGCCGUGCUGGACACAGACCGUCUGCUCCCCUUCACACACUGGGUCACGCCGCCCAAUGUGCCUAAGCGCUUCACCACCCAGAUGUACAUCUACUUUGUCGGGCUCGAGGAGGCCGGCAACCCCUCCGUCCGGGCCACCGGCGACGAGGUCGAGACUAUGGCUCCGGAGUGGCGCCGCGCGAAGGACUGGCUGGCCCGCGCCCGUAGCGGCGAGAUCGUCUUAUUCCCGCCCCAGUUUCUUUUGCUGUAUCUGAUAUCCGGCAUUCUUGACGCUGGCAUGGUCGACGGCCGAGAGGAAAGCAGGGACGAGGUGCUGACCAAGCGCGAGCGGCUGAGGCAUAUGAUUGAGAACGAGGGUUCUCCGGUGCCCUGGAAGGAUAAGUUCAUCAGCCCGAUCGGUCUGCAGUUCGGCCGCGAAGAUGGAAGGUCGGUUCUUGCCUUGGACAAGCCAGGGCCCGAACUGAAGGCGAGCGAUUUGAAGGGGGAUUCCGACUACGUGGUUCUGGUGAAGUUCAGCAGAGAGGGUCCUAGAGAGGUAGAGGUGGCGUUGAAGAAGGACGUCUUGCAGAAAGAGAGAUUGCUCAAAGAGCAGAAGGAAAAUGACAGACAGCAAGCAAGCAAGUUAUAG